UUUUAGGGUUUUGCUGCCUAGGGAGGACGCUUGAGAGCUGAAGUCGUGACGAAUAUUGUAGUUGGAUCUCAUUAACACUGCUCUCAAUUUGUCUCACAGAUGUGUUCGUUGAAGAGCUAUAGUGCUUGCUUAAGGGAGGCAACCUUACAGCUUCCACAUUUUGCAGGCACCAGUAACCGUAAGAGGAGGAAUGUAAGAUGUUGUUCUCCAGAAGCAGCCAUUCUCCAGGAUUUCCAUCUUCCAAUGCGCAGUCUUGAGGUCAAAAACAGGACAUCGGCAGAGGAGAUAAAGUCACUUAGAUUAAUGACUGCCAUUAAGACUCCAUAUCUACCUGAUGGCAGAUUUGACCUUGAAGCUUACGAUGCGUUGAUGCAUAUGCAGAUUUUAAGUGGUGCCGAUGGUGUGAUAGUGGGUGGCACAACAGGUGAAGGGCAUCUGAUGAGCUGGGAUGAACACAUCAUGCUCAUUGGGCACACAGUUAAUUGUUUUGGUGGAUUGAUUAAGGUGAUUGGAAACACUGGAAGCAACUCAACAAGAGAAGCAAUCCAUGCCACUGAACAGGGUUUUGCUGUUGGGAUGCAUGCUGCCCUUCACAUCAAUCCUUAUUAUGGCAAGUCAUCCAUGGAAGGUAUGGUUGCUCAUUUUGAGGCCGUUCUUCCCAUGGGGCCUACCAUUAUCUACAAUGUUCCAUCCAGGACUGGUCAAGAUAUUCCUCCUCCUGUUAUCCGCACCAUUGCACAGGGUGCUAACAUGGCUGGUGUCAAGGAGUGUGUGGGCAACAAUAGAAUCAAAGAGUACACUGAUGAGGGAAUCGUGGCAUGGAGUGGCAAUGAUGAUGAGUGUCAUGAUGCAAGGUGGGGCCAUGGGGCCACUGGAGUGAUAUCUGUUAGCAGCAACUUGGUUCCGCGAUUGAUGCGGGAGCUAAUGUUUGAGGGAAAGAACCCUUUGCUGAAUUCAAAGCUCAUACCUUUGAUUGAGUGGUUGUUUCGUGAGCCUAACCCAAUUGGCCUGAACACAGCUCUAGCCCAGCUUGGUGUGGUCAGGCCCGUGUUUCGGCUGCCUUAUUUACCUCUUCCUAGAGCAAGGAGGGUGGAAUUUGUGAAUAUAGUGAAGGAACUUGGACGUGAGAAUUUUGUGGGAGAUAGAGAUGUAAAAGUUCUCGAAGAUGAUGAUUUUGUCCUGGUCCGUCGGUAUUAAGUAGUGUAUUCUGUUAAUGUUGGUUAAAUGACCUUUCUGAUGUUUACAUGGCUAUGUUUGCUCCAGAAAAUGCCCAUUUGUGAGGUACAACAAUGACAUAUUGCACUAGCAUCCUCCUUUAUGGCAUGCGAACUAAUUUUAUGAUCAGAAAUGUAGGUUACAUAUUUGGAA